AUGGUGAUCGACAGCCCCAUGCUGGACGGGGGCAGCGCCGGCCCCCGCAGCAGGCUGUGCAGGCGCGUCCCGCUGGAGCCGCAGUCCUGCCACAUAUGCCACAAGACCUUCAUCUCCUCCGCUCACCUCAGCCUGCACUUGGCCGGCCACGCCAAGGACCGCAAAGACCGCAAGUUUCCCUGCGCCAUCUGCGGGAAGAACUUCAAGCAGAAGUCUCACAUGGAAGUGCACCGCAUGAUCCACUCGGGCGAGCGGCCGUUCAAGUGCCCCGAGUGCGGCAAGAGGUUCGGGCGCUUGUCGCACCUGAAGACCCACCGCAGGAUCCACUCUGGAGAGCGGCCCUUCCAAUGCUCCCUGUGCUCCAAGACUUUCACCCAAAAGUCAGGCAUGGUGGCGCACGUGCAGCGCCACGCCAACAGGCCUGACCUCCGGAGGCCGUCCGCUACCCUCAGCCGACGCGCGCAGCCCGCAGGUGGAGCGGACGACCUGAAGUGCGGCGUGUGCUGCCGGACCUUCAUGCGCUCCACCUACUUCAGGUUGUGCAAACGGCUGCGCACCCGCUCCGGCUACCGGCCGUACCACUGCCGCGUCUGCAACAAGACCUUCGCCAAGCUGCAGUCCUUCAGCAACCACUGCGACAAGCACCUGCGCCUCAAGCACGAGCGCCGCACAGAGCAGGAGGCCGCCACAGAGCACCACCACCAGGCCACAGAGCGCCACCACCAGGCCACAGAGCGCCACCACCAGGCCACAGAGCGCCACCACCAGGCCACAAAGCGCCACCACCAGGCGUGA